CUUCACGCGGCCACCUACAGCCCCUCAACCAUCUCGCCUUCUCGUCAUUGCAUCAAUCACCAUCCCAAUCCAACCCUAUCCAAAUCAGCAAGAUCUCACAAUGGCCGAGAACCCCAGCGCGAAGCGUCAAAGAUCCUCCAAGGACGUCCCUUACGAGCUCAUCUACUGGCCCGGCCUACCCGGCCGAGGUGAGCACGUCCGGCUCCUCCUUGAGGAGGCCGGAGCCGAGUACACCGACACGGCGCACAUCGAGGGCGGUGUCAAGACAGUGCUGGCCCAGAUCGAUGGAAAGUACCUCGGCGACGAGCUCAACCCGCCCCCGUUGGCGCCGCCGAUCCUUAAGCACGGCGACCUCGUCAUCAGCCAGACGCCCAACAUCCUGCUGUAUCUCGGCCCCCGUCUGGGCCUCGCGCCCAAGAUCUCCGGCGACGACGACGGUAUCUACCACGUCAACGCGCUUGCGCUGACGGCGCUCGACGGCUUGAGCAACGAGGCGCACGACACGCACCACCCUGUCGCGACCGGGCUGUACUACGAGGACCAGAAGGAGGAGAGUAAGCGCAAGGCCAGGGAUUACACCACCAACCGACUUCCCAAGUUCUUCGGCUACUUCGAGAGGGUCCUGAAGAGCAAGACCAGCGGCGAGGGACCUUGGCUCUACGGAGGAUCGUUGACAUAUGCAGACUUAGUGCUGUUUCAGUGCAUCGAUGGCCUCAAGUUUGCCUUCCCCAACGCUCUCAAGCGCCUCGAGGGAAGUGGCGACUACAAGGGGCUCUUCGAGCUCUAUGACGCCAUCAAGGAGCGUCCAAAGAUCAAGGAGUACUUCGCCAGCGACAGAAGACAGAAGUACUCCCAGGGCAUCUACCGUCACUACCCUGAGUUGGAUGAAGAGUGAUUGUGAGCAAUGAAUAGAGAGAGGCGUUUUCUUGAUCAAAGACGACUUAACCAACACCUAACCAAAAUAGAAGACUAGCUGUGAAUCACGUGUGGGAAUUGUGAGCUGCAUAUCAGUGCAGUUCCCAUUUCUUUUCGCUGAAAUUUGAUAAUGGUAGUCCAGUGGGUUUUGCCAAAAGUAUUUUCCGGUUCUUGU